AUGGUUGAGACCUUCAACAAUUAUAUUAUGCGAACUAGGUCGAAGCAUUUGAUUGACAUGCUCAAGGAAAUAAGAACUAUAUUAAUAAAGAGGUUGGUGACGAAGAGAGAAGAGGCAAACAAAUGGGCAGGGUUAUUAUGUCCUAAAAUUCAAAAGCUUUUAGAGAAAGAAAAGGGGUACUUGAAGGAAUUCAUUUUUGAUGAAUUUGAAGGAAUUUUACAAAAUUUGAAGUCAGUUAGGGGAUAUCAUGAUCCGAAACCGUGCUACCCCGAGUGCGUAUGGCUUGCUAUGCAAAACUGCUUGGCUACGAAAGAUCGGCUAAUCCGAUGGAUGACAGAUUGUCAUUCAGAUUGUGCCUUGUGUAAUGGGGGAUCUGAGUCUUUGAAUCACCUGAUGCUCAAGUGUCCAGAUGGCAGAGAGAUCUAUGAUGGUGCGUUUAGCUAUUUAGAAAAAGUUUGGGAAGUGGAUACCUUUGAGGAAGAAAUAAAAUUGAUAAACAAAAUUAAUCGUAAGAAUACAGAUAAAGCGAAGCUGAUUUCGGUUAGUCUGCUUUGCAGGGAUGCUUUGCUUGGAAAUUGGAAUCAUAACAAGCCAAGCUUUUUUUGUACUUCUCCUUUUUGGUUAGUUGUUAAGUCAACUAUAUAA